CCACAAAUAUUUCUCCUUAGCCUUGCAUACUGGGAACCAUACGACGAAAUCUAUACGAGUCUGAUUGAUCAACUUUCCAACCACGCUGAGAUCAAACGUGCCAAGAGUGCCAACUCCGCAAUCACUUUCCUCGAGAACGAGAAUCCUCGAGCCGUUAUCGUCACUGAUCAGGAUCUCCAUGAUAACAAAAACAAGCACGUCUUUGACAAAGUCGUGUCCUGGGCCCGUGGUGGGGGAACAGUUAUUGUGGGCCUUUCCUUCUGCGGCUUCACCAUCCCAACCGAGUUCAAGAAUUUCUUUAGCUCUUUUGGACUUCCUUGGACCCGCGGAGACUAUCACCGAACGAACUUUCAGUUCAAUCCAUCACUCACUCUCCCACCGGUAAUGCAAUCCUCGCUUUCUGCUCCAUACAGUAUGAAAGUCCUCCAUGUUGACAAAGCUCGACCAGAGGAGAAGCUCUACAUUCCCGUCGACGGAGCACGAAUUCAGUCCUCGGUCUUCGCAGCUGAUCCUGUCAAUGAUCCUACGCAAGCGGCUGUGGCUGGCGCGAAGAUUGGUCAAGGAGAUUUGCUUUAUAUUGGAGGUGUAAAUGGCGAGGAGGGAUCCCAUGAGAUUACUAUGAGGUUUUGUGGACUAUGA